AUGUUUCGAGCUCGCCGAUACCGAGUUCUGGUCAUAUUCGCGGCGGCUGUCGUCUUCACAUUCUUCCACUUUGCGCGGUCACGCGAUUGGAGCUAUACAGUGAUUGAAGAGUCUAGCGUUCACUCACCCGAUGCUGCCCAUCCGCAAAACCCGGCCGUUGCUGCUGCCAUUGAGGAGAGUCGAAACCGCGUGCUUCCCGACCCCAAUCGCGGCUCCACCUCCUCCCCACCACAGACAGAGAAGAUCAUCUCGCCCGUGGGCCCCAAUAGCGGCUCAAAGGACAACAACCGGUUUAAAGAUCCCUCCGACACUCCACCAGUGAAGACUCCCAUCAAGAGUGAUCCGAAGGACUCUGCGAAGGACUCUGCGAAGGACUCUGCGAAGGAACCAGCGAAGGUGGGAGGCACCGACAGCUUGCCACCACCGGCAACGGAGAAUACCAAUAGCGUAAAUGAUGAGGAAAUUGAUAAUGGAGGGACAGGCAGAAUGGCAGCGGAGCGCCCUGAACCUGGCAUUCCAACGGCCAAGUGGAAGAAGUUCCCCGAACGGUUCCCCGUCCCUGCAGAGGAGGUGAUCAAGCUGCCAAAGGGAGAGACGAAGAAAAUUCCCAAGCUGCAAGCGAAGUUCAAGGAUGAGUCGAGCUCCGGCAAGCAAGAGCGCCUACAACGCCUUAGCACUAUCAAGGCCGAGUUCACGCAUGCCUGGCGAGGCUAUAAGAAGAUUGCGAUGGGACAUGACGAAGUCAAGCCUCUGUCGAAGGAGUUUGAAGACCCAUUCAACGGCUGGGGAGCGACAUUGGUCGAUUCCCUCGAUUCUCUCUGGAUUAUGCAGUUGAAAGAUGAAUUCUCCGAGGCUUUGGAUCUGAUCAAAAACAUUGAUUUCAAAACGUCACUGAGAGCAGAUAUUCCGAUGUUUGAGACAACCAUCCGCUACCUUGGAGGUCUUUUGGGUGCCUAUGACAUUUCUGGUCAUCGAUACCCAGUGCUUUUGGAGAAAGCAGAGGAGCUUGCUGAGGUUCUCAUUGGUGCCUUUGACACACCCAACCGCAUGCCGCACCUUUACUAUCGCUGGGCCCCCGAGUAUGCUUCGAAGCCGCAUCGGGCGUCUUCCCGAGCCGGCCUAGCUGAAAUUGGGUCGCUUUCCUUGGAGUUUACCCGUUUGGCUCAACUGACCAAGCGGGACAAAUACUAUGAUGCGAUAGCCCGGAUCACCAACGAAUUGGAGAAAAUCCAAGAUUUAACUAGCAUCCCGGGACUGUGGCCUCUACGGGUCAAUGCACAGGGAUGUUCCAAGUACUCCAAGAACACACCUCCGCGUGAUAGUAGCCCUACACCCGAGCAAAACCUUGCUAGUGCAACCGAGACUACCACUACGGUGACCCACAAGACUUACGCUGCACCAACAGACCUUGAGAGCUAUUUGAAGCUCAUCCCACGAGACACAAGCCCUGACAUCGAAAGAUAUGCCCAGCCUGCCAAUGAUACGCAAGCUGCCAGUGAGCCUCGCAUUCAGUCACGCGAGCAAAAUACACCAGCAGAUAAAUGCAAUGGCGGCUUGAUACUUCCCCAUUCACCCCGCGAUAACGGGUACGCCAUGGGAGGAAUGGCUGACUCGACCUACGAAUACCUGCCCAAGGAAUAUCUGCUACUGGGUGGCAUGAACGAGCAAUACAUGAAUAUGUAUAAAAAGGCAGCCGCUGCGGCCCGCAAGAAUCUUCUCUUCCAACCCAUGGUGAAAGGUGGACGUGAUAUUCGGUUCAUGGCCUCCACUAGUCCAAUGACACCUGGAAAGAUUGCAGAGCUCACUCCAUCCGAUCUUGAAUACGAAGGCGCUCACUUGACGUGUUUCGUCGGCGGCAUGUUCGCCAUAGGAGCCAAGGCCUUCGGCAUCGAUGCUGAUCUGGAACUUGCAGCCAAACUGACGGACGGCUGUGUUUGGGCUUACGAGUCGACACAAACCGGAGUGAUGCCUGAGCGCUUCCGCCUUUUGCCCUGUGAGAAAGGCUCGGCAUGUGAGUGGGAUCAAGCCCGCUUUGACAUUGGUGUGGCACGCUACUCUCGCAUAGACCCCGGGGCAGGACAUUCGUUCCGCGACGGUGAGAGCAGCUACGAACAGCGCGUGAAUUUGAUCUCGCACGAUCCACCCCAAGGAUCUUCGAGCGGGUCGGUUCCCAUCCCCAUGCCGGGCUCAUUAAACCCCCACGAUAGCGAUGUGUUGUCCAAGCGAGAUGGACUCGCAUUAGGAAAACGUGCGGAAGCAAUUGCUCCUGCUUCAAGCCCGAGCCCUACUUCCAGUGGAACCGAACUGGAGGACCGGGAUGCACCUCGUUCGUCUUCGUCGCCCGCUUCGCCUCACAUCGCCGAAGUCGGCAAAGACCACCUCCCCGCAGGCAUGAUCAGUAUCCCGUCACCGAAAUACUACCUUCGGCCCGAGGCGAUCGAGUCAGUAUUUAUCAUGUACCGUCUGACUGGCGACGAAUCCUGGCGUCACAAAGGGUGGAAGAUGUUCGAGGCUAUUUCGAAGUAUACCCGAACGGAGCUAGCCAACGCGGCCAUCCACGAUGUCACAGCCCAGAAACCGAUCCACAAGGAUACGAUGGAGUCUUUCUGGCUAUCUGAGACAUUGAAGUAUUUCUAUCUUUUGUUCAGCGACCCUACUGUCGUGGACUUGGAUAAAUAUGUUCUGAAUACCGAAGCGCAUCCAUUCCUGCGCCCACUUGCAUAA